AUGUCAUCUGCAAUUAGAAUCAUUGUCAGAACACUAUUAAAUCCGUUGAAACGAGCUAAACGAGAAAAUUUAUAUGCUGGUUGUUAUACAAAUUCAUAUAACAAUAAUUAUGAUGAAAAAACGUGUGUAAUUAAAACAACACAGUAUGCCGAUAUAACAGAGCAACAUCAAGAAUCUUCGGAAGAUGCUGAUUGGCAUCAAAUACUGUUAACACGAUUGAAAAAUGAUGAAGUUCAAAUGAAAAUCGGUAAAAAUUCAGAUUAUAUUGAAGAAAAUGUCAUUUUACAAAAAUACAAACAUCGCCGAACUUCACAUGAUAUAUUAAAUGAGCAAAAUAAAAGUUUCAAUGAUAUGUAUCAACCUGUGCAAUCGCCUUCUAGUUCAUAUGAAUCAAUAAAAAAGUUCAAUUCAACAUUACCAUCUCAGAUAAAUUCCUCAAAAGAAUCAUCUAAUGUGAACAAAGAGAAUGGUAGUGGCGGUGAUGGUAGUACAUCAAAGAGGAAUUAUUUGAAAUUACAGGAAAAAUUCUCUCCAUCUUAUUCCAAUGUCAAUACAAUGGAUAGAGGUACAACGAUGAGAACAGUAGCAUAUCAUUUCAAACAUUCAUUAACAGAAUUAAUUGAAAAAAUGAAUUCUUGUGAAUGCCAUUUUGUACGUUGUAUAAAACCAAACGAUACAAAAGAUAAACAAACUUGUUUAGCAAAUUGUGUAUCACGUCAAUUACGUUAUUCUGGUGUAUUGAACAUGUGUGAAAUAAGACGAAAAGGAUAUCCUUUACGAGUGACAUUUUCUGAAUUUUUACAAAGGUAUGCUAACUUUUAUUAUAAUCUACAAACAGAAGUGUGUAGUUCAACAAAUACCAUAAAAUAACUUAGUAGUUCACAAUUUCUUCUAUUCACUAUAAUCGUUCACUCUAAGAUGUAAUACUAAUUAUAUCUCCAACAGUUUUCACUAUUAAUUUUCCGUCUACACUUUUAUAUUUUCGAAUCAGCUAUUUGUGUCUUAAUGUGUUUAACCGAUUCUCUGUUUGAGAUCAACAUGUUGAUGAUAAACCCAUAAAAUUUUAUUGUUAAACCUUUUGCUCAUGACAUGUAUGAAAUUUUUUUCAUAUUUCUACGCAUGUGUGAAAAACCGAAGUAACUCAAUCUAUUACGACUAUAUCGUUUUUCACGCCCUGCAAUUGUUUCCAAAAAGAAACAUUUUUCUUUUGAAAUAGGAUAAACGAUUGAGUUUAUUUGAGGCAAUUGUAUCAGAUGUCUUCAAUAAUUUCUCUAGGUAAGUGUCAUCUUUCUAGUUACUUACUUUUGAAAGAAAAAGAAAACAUUAGGUUUACUUGAGAAAACGGAUUUUUGACAAUGAUUAUAAAACCUUGUCAGAGCAGCCCCUUAUGGGACUAAAAUGGUGAAACUGCUUAAAAGUUGUUGAAUAGUUUAAGACAAUGUGACUACCAGUUUAAGAUGUUGUGAUCACCAGGAGGGGAGAAGGAGGUUAAAAAAAUGGCCAAAAUCAAGGGUUUUCGAGUAUAAACUUCAAAUCUUCUUUCUUUCGGAGAUAUAGGAAGAGUUUCACAAAAGUCUUGCUUUAUACUAAGCGUUUCUAAAGGAUUUAGUCAAAUGAGGUCAUCCAAAAUCCUUUGAUGUUGGAUAGGCAUGAAAAAAU